AUGGUUCUUCAAAGAAAAUUAACCAAAGCCAUUGAGCUCAAAUACAACAUGCGCUCAGUCAAAUCUCAAGUCCCUGUAAACCACUGCUUAUGGCUUAUUAUUACCAUAUUUCUCCAGAUUAUCAUCCUCUUCUUCCUCCUCCGCUCAUCACAGCCGUCAAACACUCAACACGCGGUGGCUCUCAACCCCGGCGACUGCCAAUCCGGUUACGUUUACGUCUACGAUCUUCCCCCAGCUUUCAAUAAAGAGCUCAUAGACCAAUGUCACGAGUCAGACCGAGGCUGUGGUGCAGUUUCGAAUGGUGGGUUUGGAACCAAAGCUACUGGGCUCGAACAUAUUGUACCAAGAAAUCUCACUCCAGCUUGGUACUGGACUGACAUGUAUUCUGCUGAGGUUAUUUUUCAUAACAGAAUGUUGAGCCAUAAGUGUAGGACUUUAGAUCCAGAAAAAGCAAAAGGUUUUUACAUUCCGUUUUAUGCUGGGCUUGAUAUUGGUAGAUUCUUAUUCAAUUAUUCAGCUAAAGAUCGAGAUCGGAAAAGUGAAAUGCUUCUUGAUUGGUUAAAAGAGCAACCAACUUUCACUAGAAAUAAAGGAGUUGACCAUUUUAUUAUGCUUAGUAGAUUAACUUGGGAUUUUCGUAGAUUAACUGAUAAUGAUGCAGAUUGGGGUUCGAAAUUACUUCACAUGCCACUAAUGAGGCACGUGUUUCGUUUAUCAGUUGAGAAACAUCAGAACGAUAAUUUAGAAGAAAGUGUUCCUUAUCCUACAGCGUUUCACCCAAGGUCAGAAUCCGACAUAGUACAAUGGCAGAAUUACAUCCGUAGUUACAAACGUACGAAGCUGUUUUCAUUCGUUGGUGCUAAACGUGAGAAAAUCAAGAAUGAUUUUCGAGGGGUAUUAAUGGAUUACUGUAAAAGCGAGGAAGAUUGUUGGGCGGUUGAUUGCGCCACCGGCAUAUGUUCCGACGGAGCUCCGGCGAUAAUGGAAACGUUUCUUGGUUCAGAUUUCUGUUUACAACCAAGAGGAGAUGGGUUGACUAGACGGUCAAUGUUUGACUGUAUGUUGGCCGGUUCAAUUCCGGUUUAUUUUUGGAAAGGAACAUUUAAAGGUCAAUAUGAAUGGCAUUUGCCGUGGAUGCCAGAGACUUAUACAGUAUUUAUUGAUAAUAGAGAUGUUAGAGCUACAAAUGGGAGUUUGAUUUUAAAGGUAUUGGAAAGUAUUCAUAAAGAUAAAGUAAAAGAAAUGAGGGAGACUUUGAUUAAUCUUCUUCCUAAGUUUGUUUAUGCAAGAUCAGGUGAAGAUUUAGGGAAUGUUAAAGAUGCAUUUGAUAUCAGUAUCAACAGAGUAUUGAAGAGGUUGGAAAUUGGCAGAAAUCAACUUCUUACCCAGAAUCAAGCAUUUUUUGAGUCGUAA